AUGAUGCGAUAUCAUUGCAAGGCGUGUGCAGCUGCAUCCACGAUGCAGCUCGGCAUAAGGAGAGCCCUCCUUGCUUUCAUCCUCAGCACAGUGCCGCAGCUCGCUUGGGCGACCCGCAACCAGUUUGCCAAAGUCCAGGAGGAGGCAGCCUCCAUGUACGUCGACGGCUUGGUGCCCUUUCCAGGUGACAUGAUCUCCGGCGUCAAAGAAUACGACUGUGUCCGCUUCGGCAACGGUGUCUACGACAAGGAAUCCGGCCAAUGCUUCAUUCCAGGGGCUACAAUGACUCGUGUGGUUUCAUGCGACCAUCAGUCAGACUGCAUGGGUCCUGAUACUAGGUACAUCGCCGCCAAGUGGUUUUGCUACUACCCGCACAAGUUCACCAGCAUCACUCCGGCCCGAUAUCAGUCUGAUUGCCUCGAUGGAAUCUUCACUAGAUGCGGUGGUGGCAAGUGCUUGAGGAAGUGA